AUGAUUGCCCCCGUCCCGGAUGCGGAAAUGACUGCGACUCAAUUUGUAAAGAAACCAAUUCGAUCAGAACCCUCGAACAUGGGAAAGGUCGAUGCCGUCGCUGAUCCUUCAAGCCUGGCCUCCAUCAAUGGUGCGAAAUUCCUAGCUGAACCUAGCAUGAUCAAUUUCAACGGAAGUAUCACUGAUGGCUGUACAUCGACGAAACCAGUCUCCGAUGCUUUCACAAAAAAUUCAUCAGCCGGGUCUUUCCAAAACAACCUUACACAGGCUCAAAAGACGGCAGUCGAAAUUUUGAAAGUCAUCGAGAGCUAUGGGAUGGAUUAUGAGAAAACCGAGGGCUCUUGGAAAGGGUUGCAGUCAUUCAUUCCCGUUGUUGCCGAGCAGGUCAAACGUCAGCAACCGAUCCGAAUGAUACUACCCGCAUUUCCGUUCAAGUCUCCAAACUCUCGUGACAAGGUCCUGGGUGUGCUGCCUGACUUUGGUGAGGAGUUGGCUCUUUGCCAUCUGAACGGGUUGUGUGAGAACAUUGCUCAAGCCUACGAGCCAGGGGCCAAUGUAUACAUUAGCUCGGAUGGGUUAGUGUACAAUGAUAUCCUGGGGGUGCCAGAUGAAGUCGUUUGGGAUUAUGGGGAGACUUUGCGAAGCAUGGCGGUUGAGAAGGGUCUGACCAACGUCAAGUUCAUCCGACUGUUCGAGCUUCUCGAGCAUCCGUGGUUUCCCAGUGACAAUGCCGAAUCUGCAAAGGCAUCUUACCUAGCACAUGCCAGUUGCCUGCGACGCGAGUUGAUGUUUGCUUUUGGGGAUCCAACGUUCAACGCGGACGAAGCCAUCAAGACUGACAACGAUACUUGCCUGACAUAUCGCGGCUACAUCAAGUUUCUCACCAAGGAUCUAGCUCAUCAAGAAGAAUCCAAAGGUCUUUCCAAGCGAGCUAGACAGUCCCAAAUUUCGCAGAUUGCCCGCCAGAUGAUCAUUCGUGGGAAGAUGUUUGCUGCCGCAAUCAAGGCCAACCGGGGUGACUAUGUGCGCCUGUCCAUUCAUGAGUCAGCAGGGGAGAGGAAGUUAUCGGUCUCCCUGAUUCCACAGAUCCGAGGGACACUUGGCUUCACUCCGUGGCAUGCAUCUGUCGCUGUUGGACUAGACGGCUCAUAUCGUACGGCACAUGCAGAAGACGUCCGUCAAACACACGAUCUAGUGUGCAAAAAUGGCCAACCGUACUUGUUCCGGGAAAGAUCCGGCAUCUUCGAUUGGCAUGAGAAUGGUCUUUCGGUCGAAUUCGAGCACCUCUAUCCCUGCGGUAUCAUCAUUCGUCCGGCCGACGCUGAUAAUUUGCACGGACGGCCCUCGAUCUCCGAGAUUCCAAUGCACAAAGUGAGACGGAUGUCAAACACCAUGUCUCCUGUGAUCUUACGUGGCUUCGCAGACACACUGAAUGAGGACCUCUAUGUGAAAGCGGCAUCCGAUCUGGGCACAAUUCUUCCUUGGAGUUUUGGCAUCAUCCAAAAAGUUCGCGACGCUGGUCGUGCAGAUAAGAUGGGGAACAACGUCACUUCCAACGAGGCCAUGCCGAUGCAUUUUGACGGGAUGUUCAAAUUUGAGGAGGUGACCGAUCCCGAGACGGGUGAGGUAAAGAAAGUCCAGCGUCCGCCAGGUUAUCAGUUCUUUACCUGCCCGGCAACAGCCCCCAAAGGCAGUGGAUAUACGCUGUUCGCCAGUUCUCGGCUAUUCUGGAGAUAUCUCCCACGACCAUGGAAUGCGGCCCGUUUAGAGAAAGUCACAUGGGCGAUGGAAAAUGACGGCUUCUGGGACGCAAAAAUGAAGAAUCUGCCAUUAUGCGUGAAACAUCCCAUCACAGGCCUUCCGUGUCUCAGAUGGCACCAACCUUGGGAUUCAACAAAAACCAAAUUCUCGACGUGCGAUGUCAAGAUUGAGAAUGAAGAUGCGAGUCUGGUACAGGUGAUCGAUCGGGUCAUGUAUGACUUUCGAGUAUGUCUUCGGUUUGAAUGGGAGAAGGGUGAUCUCUUGAUCAGUGACAACACAGCAAUGCUUCAUACUCGGACCGGGUACGUCACUGACUGCGACCGGGAAUUGUGGCGUAUUCAUUUCGAUUAG